UCUCUUCAGCCACACUCUCUCACACACACACACACACACACACACACACGCUGCUUGCAUGCAAAUACAUGUCCUCUCUCUUUCAGAUUCACUUACAGGCACGCAUGCAGAGACACACACACUGACACACUCUCUCUCACACUUAACACACUCACGCAUACUCUCUCUCUCUCUCUCUGUGUGUGUGUGUGUGUGUGUGUGUGUGUGUAUGUGUGUGUUGAUGCUGUUAGUUCCUCAUCUGGAUGCUGGAGGCUUGACAUUGGACUAGCUCUGUAUUCAGUGUGCGCACAACCUCGCACACACACACACACACACACUGGACGCAGACAUGAGUGCUGGAGACGUGGUGUGUAAAGGAUGGCUGGUUAAAUCCCCACCGGAGAAAAAGCUCAAGAGAUACGCAUGGAGGAAGCGAUGGUUCGUCCUCCGGCGUGGACGGAUGAGUGGAGAUCCAGAUGUUCUUGAGUACUUUCGCAGUAAGACUUCACGGAAGCCUAUUCGUUCCAUCAACCUGCAGGAAUGUGAGGUAGCAGCGGAGGUGGAGUCAGGCCGGGAGCUGGAGUGGGGGGCGUGGCCUGUCAAACGGCACCUGGCCAGUCAGCACUUAUUUGUGGUGAAGACGUCAACACGUGUGUUCUACCUGCUGGCCAAGACGGCUGAGGAGAUGAACUGCUGGGUGAGGAACAUUGGCCAGAUCUGCACCUUCAGCACUUUCAACCAAAGCACAGAAUCAAUGGACAGUCUUGCCCACACUCCUUCGUCCCAUCAUCCCUCUCCUGUGCUCUCAACUCACGCACAGUUCUCAGCCAAUCAGGAAGCUCCGGUUACCGAAACAGACUCGGUGGUCAGAGAUGAGCCCAGCGACUCAGAUGCCAGCAUUCGGCUCGAUUAUCUUUAUCUGUCUCAGUGUGAAACUGGCAGGAAGAGCAUCACCAGGUGUGACAGCAUGUCAAACUCGGAACGUUCAUUUGAGCAAAGUUCAUUUGAGAACGUGACUGAUGAUGUGUUCAGUCCCAUCGUGUGUUUAGAUCCCGCCCACUCACCCUUUGGUGCGCUGUAUGGAACCAGGUCUUUAUCGUCGUGCCCCAUUCGUGGCCCUGGUGAAGUGUUCCGAUUCGACAGCCCAUUCUGUGUCACACCCCCUCCUCUCCCACCAAAACCGACACACAUGUCCGAUCACCACAGUCACGAGGAUGGUCCGCGUAACCAGGGGCAACUGGGGCUCCUCCCACGCAGGACAUCACUGUCGGGUGGGGAGCAUUUUAGAAGAGGAGAGUUUGAAUUCAAUGCAAGAGGAAACUGGAACAAAAGGCUGAGUCUGAAUCUGCCGAUGUUUCUGGCUAACACUCCCUCUGAGAGCCAAUCAGAUGACUCCUCUUAUGUGCCCAUGGCGUCUCCACCAAUCAGCUCCUCCAGCACUGAAGUUGACGGCUACAUACCUAUGAGCCCAACUACGCUUCCUGUUUCACUGUUAACCAAUGGGAAACCAGAACCACCUCUUCCUCCAGCCCCCGAUAUGGAGCCUCCUCCAAUCAACCGCAGUCUGAAGCCGAGGAGGCGGGUGAAACCGCCACCCCUCGAUUUGUCCACCAUUAGCGAAUGCCCCACCCACCUCCCUCUAAUUCGCACCAUGACGGAACCGAGUGUCUCACCUCGGUGUGUUCCAUGGGAUAGGGGGCGGGGCUUAAACGGCACUGAACAGGAAGGGAAUGACACGCCUACGUCCACCCCUUGGUGCCGGAGCUCUCAGCUGGAUUACCUGUCGCUGGAUUUUAAUUCUGCCUCCGCCUCACCUGUCCAAAAGAAACCUCUGCUGGAUGAACAGCGUGUGGACUACGUGAAGGUGGACGAGAAGAAGACACAGGCGCUGCAGAACACCAGGACAGAGUGGAAGGACAGCCGGCAGCCGAAAGUGUGAAGGAAAUAAAACCCUGUAAAAUUGUUGUACAAUCGGAAAACGAGAUCAUCGUGCAGUGUAAAGAAAAACGCUUGCACUUGACACUUGAUCUGCCCUUCGAGUCCAAUUCGAGGGCGAGAGUACUGAAGGAAACACUGAAGGAAAAAAAUAAUCACACCUCUUCAGGUUCAGGUACAAAAUCGGUUCACUGUGAAAGGUCAAAGUUCAGAGCAUUCAGAAUUUCGCUCCAAAUGCAGAGGAGUCUCGCUGGGAAGCACAAAAAACAACGCAAGGGUCGUUCCGGCAUGUUGAAGUGUCUCUAACUGUAAUUUUGUGUGUUAAAUAUGAGGUGUGUUGUACUGCUGAUUGUUGGUACACGAUUAUUUCUUUAAUCGGAUCUACAUCACCGUCACGACUGUGUCAGUUCUGAUGGGUGUACGAUUGUAAAUGUUGUGUUCUUUCUCUUCUGUGAUUGAGAUUUUGCAAAACAGGGUAAAAAAAAAAAAAAAUCAUGUUCAAAUGGUUCAACCAGUCGAGUCAAAACUGUCCGAGUCAACUGACAAGAAACGGUUUUACUUCAUUUCAUGACGUUCCCUCUCGUUAUUUUCUGUCAUAUAAACCCAGAAACAUGUGUCUGAUCAGCCGAAAGCAGUCAAACUUGAUCCAAUCAGGAGCGCGUGUGUUCACAGAGUCGAGAUUUGGUCAUUAAGACAGUCAGAGAAACACUAAAAAUGACACGUCUAAAUUUUUUAAAAGUUGAACUGAAAUUCAAAUUUUUUUUUUUUACAGUUUCUUCACACUGUUGUGAAUGUUUCUGUCAUCAGCAAACGACGAAUUAUUGAAACAAAUAAUAAGAAAAAAAUGUUUGAACCUUUGAGGAGACAGCUACUGAUCGUGGACUUGGGGGUUUUGUCUGUAUUUCACUGUGACGUCGUCGUGACUGAAUAAAACAUUCAACGUUUUGACAAAAAGCACAAAUACGAGUAUAUCCUGGAUUACUGUCACUGUGAUUUCAUCAGCAUCACGCCAAAAGCUUUAUGUUUGUCAAACGGAAGCAAAGUCUUCAACAGUGUGUGUGUGUGUGUGUGUGUUUGUGUUGUGCAUGUUUCAACAACUACCAUUCCGACUGUGCGCUAUAUAUUUCAAAAUCAGAUUAUUUUUCAAAUUAAAAAAAGACUGACCUCAAAUAAAUAAAUAAAUAAAUAAAUGUC